AUGUCAGGAGCAGGAAAUCGUGAACAGGUCUUUCCCACACGUAUGACAUUGGGAACCAUGAAGAGUAAAUUAAAAGGUGCACAACAAGGUCACUCCCUAUUGAAGAGAAAGUCAGAGGCAUUGACAAAGAGAUUCAGGGAUAUAACAACCCGUAUCGAUAACGCAAAGACCAAGAUGGGCAGAGUGAUGCAAACAGCAGCAUUCUCCUUAGCUGAAGUUUCAUACGCAACUGGUGAUAACAUUGGUUAUCAAGUACAGGAAUCCGUCAAUAAGGCCAGAUUCCAAGUUAAAGCAAAACAAGAAAAUGUGUCCGGUGUUUAUUUGCCCACUUUUGAAAGCUCCAUAAAUGAAGAAAUCAAUGACUUCCAAUUGACUGGGUUAGGAAGAGGUGGUCAACAAGUGCAAAAAGCCAAACAAGUUUACACCAAAGCCGUUGAAACAUUGGUUGAGUUGGCAUCGUUGCAAACAGCAUUUAUCAUAUUGGACGAAGUUAUUAAAGUUACGAACAGAAGAGUUAAUGCCAUUGAGCAUGUCAUUAUUCCAAGGACGGAAAAUACAAUUGCAUACAUCAAUUCGGAAUUGGAUGAAUUGGAUAGGGAAGAGUUUUAUAGGUUAAAGAAGGUCCAAGAAAAGAAGCAAGAAGCAGCUGCAGCUGCUGAGGCUGAAGAGAAAGUAGAUUUGGCCAAAGCCGAGGGUAUAACUGAUGACGUAGGUGUGCAACGAGACGUUGAAAAUUUCGACGUUAGGGCAGAUGCCAAGGGCAAUGUAUUAACAGAAACAGAAGACGAUGUUAUAUUUUAG